UUUGGGAGCCUGAGCGAGUGGGUGACAGGUCACUCUUGACCGGGAAGGUUGUUCGGCAAGUCAGGGUUGGGUUUCAGGUCAGAGGGACCAUGCAGAGAGGCCGGAAGGCAGAGCUGGGCACGGGACUGCUGCCCAGGUCCUGAGCUGGGAUCCAGCCUUCUCAGAGCCCACCUGAUCACUGUUACAAGAUGGACUCUAGCCCGGCUGGGACCCCCAGUUUGCAGCCUCCAAGGGCCAAUGGGAAUAUCAACCUGGGGACUUCGGCCAACCCAAAUGCCCGGCCCACCGACUUCGACUUCCUCAAAGUCAUUGGCAAAGGAAACUACGGGAAGGUCCUACUGGCCAAGCACAAGUCCGACGGGAUGUUCUACGCAGUGAAGGUUCUACAGAAAAAGUCCGUCUUAAAGAAGAAAGAGCAGAGCCACAUCAUGGCGGAGCGCAGCGUGCUCCUGAAGAACAUGUGCCACCCCUUCCUCGUGGGCCUGCGCUACUCCUUCCAGACGCCAGAGAAGCUCUACUUUGUGCUGGACUAUGUCAACGGGGGAGAGCUUUUCUUCCACCUGCAGCGGGAGCGCCGGUUCCUGGAGCCCCGGGCCCGGUUUUACGCCGCCGAGGUGGCCAGCGCCAUUGGCUACCUGCACUCCCUCAACAUCAUUUACAGGGACCUGAAACCAGAGAACAUUCUUUUGGACGGCCAGGGACAUGUGGUGCUGACAGAUUUUGGCCUCUGCAAGGAAGGUGUGGAGCCUGAGGAGACCACGUCCACAUUUUGUGGCACCCCCGAGUACCUGGCUCCAGAAGUGCUUCGUAAAGAGCCUUAUGAUCGGGCAGUGGAUUGGUGGUCCUUGGGGGCCGUUCUCUACGAGAUGCUGCACGGCCUGCCACCCUUCUACAGCCAAGAUUUGUCCCAGAUGUAUGAGAACAUUCUGAACCAGCCGCUACGGAUCCCUGGGGGCCUGACAGUGGCCGCCUGUGACCUCCUGCAAGCCCUUCUUCACAAGGACCAGAGGCAGCGGCUGGGCUCCCAAACAGACUUUCUUGAGAUAAAGAACCAUGUAUUCUUCAGCCCCAUAAACUGGGACGACUUGUACCACAAGAGGCUGACUCCACCCUUCAACCCUAAUGUGGCAGGACCUGCUGACUUGAAACACUUUGACCCAGAGUUCACCCAAGAAGCUGUGUCGAAGUCCAUUGGCUGCACUCCCGACACUAUGGCCAGCAGUUCUGGGGCCUCAAGUGCCUUCCUGGGAUUUUCCUAUGCACCGGAGGAUGAUGCCGUCUUAGAUUGCUAGAAGAGAAGCACCUACGAAACCACUGAAGCCAGCUUGUAUGUGUGAGAAUUACCUUCAGCUGCUAGUCACAGUGACCCAGAGUAACAAUGGCUUAAAUAAGAUUUUUUUUUCCCAGCCCAUAAAAGAAGGGUGAUGUUAGGUGGUCCAGGGCUGGUAUGACAGGUCAUCAGAGGCUUUCUGUAUUUCUGCUCUGCCGUCCUUGGCAAGGGGCUUCUACUAUUAGGAUUAUUAUAUUAUCAUAAGAUGGUGCUGGAGCUCUAACCACUGCUUCUGUGUCCUGGGCAGGGAAAAAGGAGGAAACGGCAAAAGGGCACCUUUAUGGAGCUUCCCCAGAAGCCCCACCCAAUGCCUUCUGAUUGCAUCUCAGUAGCCAUCCACCCUACCUGUAAUGGAGGUUGGGAUAUAUGUCUGAUUAACUGGGCACAUUACUCCCCACAAUAACACAGGGGUUCCAACACUAAGACAGAAGGGGGAAAUGUUGAGUAGGCAACCAGCACCUCUUUACCAGAGGGUCUCUUGGUGUUUGGAGUUUGAUCUCAAUGUGUAAAAUGACGGAGAUGUAACAAGCCUAUAGGGUAUCACCCAACAUCCUCUUAUUUUUCUCUGU